GUUCAUGCCACGCCUUUGCGUGAAGAAUGUCACGGUCAGAUUGAAGAAAAUUCAACGGGUACGCCUCGUGAUCUUCGUAAUUUUGUAGCACAAAUACUAUUAAAAUGGCUUACCACAACCAAUACAGACCUCCGCACUAUAACAACGCCCCGCCGGAUCAAGCCUUUUUAUGGAAUAUAUUUCAGCGGGUGGACAAAGACAGGAGUGGAUCAAUAUCAGACACAGAGCUUCAGCAAGCUUUAUCAAAUGGCACAUGGACGCCAUUUAAUCCUGUGACUGUCAGAUCAAUUAUAGCUAUGUUUGAUAGAGAGAACAAAGGCGGGGUGAACUUUAAUGAGUUUGCUGGUGUUUGGAAGUACAUUACAGACUGGCAGAACAUCUUCCGCACAUACGACCGUGACAACUCUGGGUUUAUUGACAAGAAUGAGCUGAAACAGGCUCUUUCUGGUUUUGGCUAUCGUCUCUCCGAUCAGUUUUAUAACACACUAAUAGAGAAGUUUGACCGACAGAGGAAAGGUCAGGUGGCGUUUGAUGACUUCAUACAGUGUUGUAUCGUACUACAGAGGUUAACUGACGUCUUCAGGCGAUAUGACACAGACCAGGAUGGUUGGAUCCAGGUUUCUUAUGAGCAGUAUCUCUCAAUGGUCUUUAACAUCGUAUAGCACAUCACAACCACUCACCAGUGCCAAACACCAAAUCUGACUCCUUUUACCACUUUUUCACCGGUGAUGCCAAACCCUUUUCUCUGAAAAAGAUUUAGGGGACAAAAUAUUAGGAUAUAUUUCUAAUCUUCCUAUCUGUAUGUGGUUAUGUUUAAUUGUGAUGUCAAACUUAAUACCUCUAAAAUGAAAUUAAGAAAAAAAUCCCCAUUCAAAUUAUGGAACAUGUGUAUUGUACAUAUCAUAACAAAAAUCAGAUGCAUGACUUCUGAUGGACUUAUUGUCAAAGCAUGAACUAAUUACUGUUAUAUUUUUUAUGCUAAAGCCAUGUUUUUGAUUAAAUAAAAAACAGAUUUUAAUUCACUGAAAUGUGAGCUAAUGCCAUAUUUGUUUAAAAAAGUGGAUAUGUACAAGCAGAAAAUGUAUAGUUAGUAGAAACAUGUGCUUUUGUAUAAUCUAAUAUUUUGUGCAUGAUGCUUUACAAGUGCAAAAAUGCGAGUUUUUAUUAAAAAAGAAAUGGUCAUAAAGA